GAGGUGAGGAUUGUCCUCCUGGGACACGACUGGCUGGAGAAGAGCUUGACCGGGAACACCAUCCUCGGCCGGCCGAUGUUCGACGUCAGCCGGGACGUGAAGAUGUGCGUCCAGAGGCGAGCCGUUCUGUGGGACGGCAGGAAGAUAGCCGUGGUCUGCACCCCCGAAAGGUGGAUCCACUACGACGUCCGGGACCCCGGCUCGGUGGACGUGAACAUGGCGGCCAGCGUGGCCUCCUGCCCACCUGGACCGCACGCCUUCCUCAUGGUCAUACCCAUCCGGUCCCACAGAGGCAGGGAGUGGACAGUAGAGGGACCUCUUGAGCUGUUAAAUGACACCCUAUGGAAGCACACUAUAGUAAUAUUUACCAGAUGUGAGCGCCUAAGACAGAUUUCUGUGGAAAGCUACACUGAAAAACAUAGUUUUCUUAAAGGCGUUUUGGAGAAGUGCGAAAAUAGAUACCAUCUUUUAGACACGAGCGUGUGGGGAGAGGACGAUAACAUUCAGACAGCAGAACUUUUAGAGAAGAUUGAUGACAUGGUGGGGAGAGACAGAAAGAAAGGAGGAGUGGGUUUUGUGACAGCAGGUGAAGGACUGUCAAAGAUAACUGAGAUGGGAAGGAAAGAGGUGGAGGAGAGGGCAAAUUCAAGGAGAAUGAAAGUAAAGAGGACCAGAGAUGCACUCCGAUCUCUGAUUGCACAAUCGUCUUCAACUUCAGAACUACGAAUUCUGAUUGUGGGAUUGAAACAAGCGGGGAAGAGCUCAGCGGGAAACAUCAUUCUCGGUGAGGAGGCCUUUCCUUCCGGAUGUCCUACAACACGGUCCACCGAAAGACCCGGCGCUUUGGGCAGGAGGCGCGUCUCCGUGGUGGACACCCCCGGCUGGCACGGCAGAUACUGCUCUGAAGACACUCCACAGGAAGUACGGGUGCAGAUUACCCAGGGUGCAUCUCUGUGCGCCCCCUGUCCUCACGCCGUCCUGGUGGCGGUGCGGUGCGACGAGACCUUCACCGACACAGACAGGAGGAACCUGGAGGAGCUCCUGAGCUCUCUCGGAUUCUGGGCGUGGACUCGAGCUGUGGUGCUGUUCACCUGGGGAGACAAGCUCGGGCUCACCACCAUCGAAGAACACGUUGAGAGAUGGCCAGCCCUCCGCUGGCUGGUGGACAAAUGUGGCAACAGGUAUCAUGUUUUUGACAACUCGGCCAGGGUCGGACACGUUCAGGCCUCUCAACUGUUAGAGAGGAUAGAAGAGACCGUGAUGGAGAAUGAGACGGGAGCCCUGCUGAGGAAUUUAAUGGAUCUCCAACACAGCAAUAGAAAACUGGAACUAAAAUUCAAAAAGGCAGUAGGGAAACUUAAGAAAACCAAAGCAGCGAAUGACCUCUUCAUGCAGAUUGUUAACGAAAAAGAGAGAGAGGUGGAGGGCUUGACUGGGACGGCAAAAGAAAAAGAUGAGCAGAUUGAAACUCUGCAGACAACAGUAGAAAUAAAAAACAAGAGACUAAGGCUUAAUAAAGAGUACGAGGAAGAAAUCAACAUGAGACUUAUGGAGGCUCGUCAGGAGAACAGCUAUCUGAAACAGCAGCAGAACACCGCGACGGAAAAGGAAACGCUCGAGAAAAAGUUGAAGGAACAGGAGCAGGAGAUAGCGGCUUUGAUGGGGACGUGCGAGAGAAAAGAGGAACAGCUGAAGCGAGUGACGAUGGAGCACGAAAGACGAGCGGAAAUGCUCAAACAGGCUGCCGAGCAGUUGAAGGAGGAAAACGAUGAAACAAAGAAAUUGCUCGGGGCGACGAUCGGGGAGCUGCGGAGGCACUGUAAGAAAAAGGAAAGUGAGGCGCACACGGCAUGCUCCAACCAACACGGGCGAAUGAAAACAACAACAGACACCAAUUACUUGGAGGAGUUCAGCAGACAGCCAAAAUGGGCCUUCACAAUCACAUCAUCUCACUAUGGGGGCAAACCCGAGACGGAUGAGCAAAGCCGAGCUAGGCUGGAUGACGGUAUCACGGCCUAUGAAAAGACGGACGCCAUAAACCAACUCUGGAAUCUGGAAACCGAUUGGACGGCAUCGUGGCUGAGAGCCGGCGGAGCGGCGCUGGGAGCGGCCGUUGGCGCCUUUGUGGCCUCUUUCAGACUUCCCAGAGGGAUGAGCUCCAGGUCGGCCGGUUGGGUUGCCGCCGGAGCCAUGCUGGGCAGCUUACUGGUCCAAGGAGUCAAGGCCCAGAAGAAGGAGAAGGAGCCAGCAAAUCACAGAAACUCAUAA